CACUUCUCAGAGCUCCUGGACGACCUCUCCCAGGAUGCUUUGCUGGGCCAGCUCCUCAGCGACCCCUUCCUGUCGGGGGUGAGAGGCGGCGUGGAGGCCAUGGAGGGCGAGGACGGCAGCGACCUGUCCCCGUCCUCCCCUCUGCCCCCCCACAUCACGGCCGAGCACAGCUACUCGCUCUGCGGGGACAGCCGCCCGCAGUCGCCGCUGUCGCACCUGACCGGAGAGCAAGGCAGCGACGCAGCAGAGUCUGACGGGGACUCGGCUGAUUGGCCCAUGGAGCAGGAGGACGCCAUCGACAGCCUCCUGUGUGAGACGCCCUCCCUCCUCCCCACACUCUCACUGUCUCUGGCCUCCAGCGAGGGGCCCCAGGCUCCCGAGGGCCCCGCUGUGGCCCCUGCUGCCGGGGCUGCCCCUGUUCAGACCAGCGUCGCCCAGAGCAAAGGCUUCAAGGUCAGAGCUCCUCGUGUCUCCUGUCCCUGUGUCUGUGUCCUCCU